UUUAGCUGCAACGAUUUAUACCUAAUUUGGACUGAACAACCCAACUUGCUAAAACUCUUUUAUCUAUGCUAAAACCCUGCCUGCAAGACCAAAAGAAGAACACAGCCUAAGCGCCUGCAGCAGAAUGUCAGAGCCAACAGUUCAAGAGGAGCACCCUCUGGUAUCCAAUAACAGGUCCACAGAGUCCCCUCCCUCACAUUCCUCACACUCUCCACUACCCUCACCACCCUCACAGCCCGCCCACAACAGUGACUCAGACCACACCUACCCAGACUCGGAGGACGAGGGACUGUUGGACGCAAGUGCCACAGGGGACGAAGUUACACAGCUACUCAGGAAAACUGUCGAGGAACUGGAGCUUGCAUUGGAUGAAUCUCGUAAACUGUUGGGAGAGCGUGAUGAUGAGAUGGUGAGAGUGAGGGGAGAGCUGGAGCGCUACCGACAGCAGGUUGCCAGGGAGAUAGCCAACAAGACCAAGCUGGCCCAGAGUUUGGACCAGAGUCACUCACACGCUCAAGAACUGGAGGAGCUAUUACAGCAAUGGCAGCUAGAGUUGAGGGAGUCUAAGAUCCAGAGGGAACGUGUGGAGGUCUCCUUACAGCAGGAGCACUCGAGAUGUGAGCAGUUGGAGAAGCAACUCUCUUCCUCACUGCAAGAGAAGGACAAAGAAAUGGAGCAGUUGAACACAAAGCUACUCAAUGCACAGCAGAAACUAAAGAAAGGACUCCCCACUCUCGCUGAGGGAAGUAAUCCAGGGGUGGAUCGUAUGGACAAGAUGCAACUACACUUCUUGAAGCAAGCUGUUUACCAUCUUCUGACAGACUUCCACGCAGAGGACCAAUUGAGAGCUAUUUUAUCGAUAUUAGACUUCGGUGCGCAGGAGAGGAAAGCAGUGUAUGCCAAAGUCGAGGAAAAGAAGAAAGCGUCACGAGGACUCUACAUGUAACUCGUGCAAGAUUGAUUGACUGACAUUUCAUCACAAUUAUAUCACUUAAUUGACAGCAAAGUUUUGUAUCAAUAAUUGCAAUAUAUAACUAAUUUCACAUUUUAUUUGACUGUAAUAAGUUUUUCUAAUUGUUUCUCAUUCUGUGCUACAACUUUAUGGUUCAUGAA